AUGUUCUAUAACCAAGCGCUCGAUCACUCGUCGAAGCGGAAGUACACCGUGUCCCCGAUCAAAGGCAAGGACGUCAAGCAGCUCUCGCCGCGGACGAACGCCGCGAGAGCCGCGGUGGCGGCGCGGUCGCGCGCGCAGAAAGACGCCGAGGCGCGGCGCCUCGGGGAGGAGAACAUGGAGCGUCGGCGACGCAUCGAGAUGGCGAACUCGCGCGGGCGGGACGCGAAGGCGCUGACGCCGGAGAUGGAAGCCGGCAGGGCGGCGGUGGCGGCGCAGUCGCGCGCGAAGAAAAACGCCGAAGCGAGGCGUCUCGCGGAGGAGAACGCGGAGCGUCGCCGGCGGAUCGAGAUGGCGCGGUCGCACGGGCGGGACGCGAAAGCGCUCACGCCGGAGAUGGAGGCGGGAAGAGCCGCGGUCGCGGCGCGGUCGCAGGCGAUGAAGGACGCGGAGGCGCAUCGUCUGGCGAUGGAAAACGCGGAGAAGGCGCGAAGGAUCGCCGAGGCGAGGGCGCGCGGGCGGGACGCGAAGGCGCUCACGCCGGAGAUGGAGGCGGGAAGAGCCGCGGUCGCGGCGCGGUCGCGCGCGCAAAAAGAAGCGGAGGCGCGGCGCCUCGCGGAGGAGAACGCGGAGAAGGCGCAGCGCAUCGCGAUGGCGAACUCUCGAGGGCGAGACGCCAAGUCGCUGACGCCGGAGAUGGAAGCAGCGCGGAGCGCCGUCGCCGCGCGGUCGCGCGCGGAGAAAGCGGCGGAGGCGCACAGGCUCGCCGUGGAGAACGCGGAGAAGGCGCAGCGCAUCGCGAUGGCGGGCUCGCACGGGAGGGACGCGAAGGCGCUCACGCCCGAGGUGGAAGCCGCUCGACGCGCCGUCGCGGAGCGAAGCGCGGCGAGGAAGAGCUACCAGGAACAGAAGAUGGCCGAGGAGAACGCGACGUUCCGUCGGCGCCUGCAGGCGCAGGUCGGGAGGGACGAGAAAGGUCUCUCGCCGGAGAUUCUCGCCGCGAGGCAGGCUGUCGCGGAGCGAAGCGCCGCGCAGAAAGAGGCGGCGGAGUUGCGCAUGCAGCACGAAAACGGCCAGAUCCGCGCGCGUCUGUCGCAGCAACACGGGCGAGACGUGAAGUCGCUCUCGGAGGAGACGAACGCCGCGCGGCGCGCGGUCGCGGAGCGCGUCAAAAUCGAAAAGUCCCUCGCGCAGGCGAAGAUCGCGGAAGAGAACGCGGCGAUGCGGCAGAAGCUCGCGAACGCGUCCGGUCGUGACGCCAAGGCGCUCGGCGAGGAAACGGAAGCGUUGCGCGCCGCGGUGGAGGAGCGCCGUCUCAUGGAGAAACACCUCGCCGCGGCGCGGAUGAUGGAAGAGAACCAGGAGAUGAAACGGCGCCUCGCGGAAGCCGGGUCCAAGGGCAGAGACGCGAAAGCGCUGAGCGAGGAGACGGAGCACAUGCGUCAAGCCGUCGAGCGUCGGCGUCUGCGAGACGCGGAGGCGAAAGCCGCGAAGAUGCGCGCGGAGAACGCGGAGAUGAAGCGUCGCAUCGCGGAAGCGAGCGAGCACGGCAGGGACGAGAAAGCGCUGAGCGAGGCGACGCUCGCGGCGCGGAGAGCGAUCGCGGAGCAACACGAGGCGGAGCACAACGCCGCGAUGGCGAAGCUGCACGAGGAAAAUCUCGAUUUCGGCGCUCGACUGAGCAACGCGCACGGGAGGGACGAGAAAGGGUUGGGGCCUGAGACGCUCGCCGCGAGACGCGCGGUCGCCGCGGAGAAGGAGCGCGUGAAGCAGGCGGAGAUGCGACGGCUCCACGAGGAGAACUCGUACUUAUCGCAGCGGCUCAGGGGGACGGGGCAGUAUAAGCGCUGA